CCUACACUCAGAUCAUCAUGCAGCGAACUCCCGCCUUUGCGACUCGGACCACCGCCAACGACAACGCAUUGAACCUGCCAACACCGUCCAGUCCCACCUGGGCCGACUUUCUGCUACUACGAUCCGUUUCCCUACUUCUUUUUACAAUGUCGCUAGCAAUGAGUUACCUCCUGUUCACCCCUACGGCGGCGACGAAACUCAGCAAUUUCGUGUGCAUAUUCUACCUCGUGCCGACACUCUUACCGCUAUUAAUCGACGGGCGUCCUCCACACAAGUGCCAGCUCGCGACAAUGUUUCACUGGGUGUGCAUUUGUCUCCAUAUCAUCCUUUUACUUUCCGGGACGGUACCAACAGCCCCUCCUCCACCUGUCUCAGAGUCACUUCUCAUUACUCGUGUCCUUCGGCCUUUGUACUAUUUCGGAACGGCAUUUCUCCUCUCGGCAUCGGCCAUCACUUUCCCGCUGAUUUUUGUUCAGGGGUCGUUUGAUGCAGGAAGGUUGGGUGACUUUGGGCACCUUGUUAUGCGGAUAUACGCCGCAUUGCGUGUUAUAUACAAUUUUAUUGCCCCAAUUCCCAAAAGAGAAUUUAAAAUGCACACAGAUUGAACGAAGACCAAGAUCAUCAAGACAAUGAUCACCAAUAGAUAGAAGUAUAUAUACAUAUGUACAGUAAAUACAAAUAUUUUUCCUUUAGGUGUAAUAUUUGGUUAAAUGUCAUUAACUUAGAAAUUACGCCUUUGGGGUCACUGUCACUGUACAAUUGUCUCUCC